UUAUAGUUAUUUUUUGCCAGAUUUUUCUAAUAUAUUAUCUUUUAAUUCCGUAAAGCCUUUCAACGCCAACUCACUGACUUUUAACCCUCAGCUCACAAUCCAAGUAAAAGGGAAAAACGAUUCAGCAUUUUCGGUAAACAAAGAAGUAAAUAAUUAUACAGAGGUUCAGAAAAGAAAAAGCCGAGUGGGCUAAAAAAAAUCCUCACGCGUGGAUUUUUUACCCCACUCACACUCCCACGCCGUCCGCGUUGUGCACCUUUUUAACUAUGGCCAUUGGAAUUUUUUGUUCUGCUCUAAAACCAUUAGAGAAUCAGCAGCAUUUAACACAAGUGAAGAAAAAAAAUGUGUUUAUUUUUUUUUAAAUAUUCGUAUUUUUGUGUUGCAAAGACAGAGGGAUUCCCCUGCUGUCGGCUCCCGCCCUCCCUCUGCUUUGCCUUUUGGUGAUGAAACUUCUCAUUUUUCACAGUCUGCGCCUCUUAAUAAUCUUCAAACACUGAUUUGAUCUAUGGCUCUGCUACUGUUGUGUAAAGAAAAGGCAGCAAAGCCGUGUUGUGAUCCCCUUUUUUCAGAGAGCAGAAUAACUAGGAGCGGAAGGGAAAUGAAACCGACUUGCAGCGCGUCCUUGUUCCUCAGUAUUAAGGAAUAAAUGCUUUACAGAAGAAAAAAAAGGUGUGUUAAUGAUUAAGCUGUGGAUAGAAGCCCUUUAUGUUCCAUGCAAAUGGAAAUGCAGCUCGGUCAGCGGCUGGUUAUUCCUUUGUAUGGCCCCCUUCUCUCCAACACCUCAUCCACGGGGCUCAUAAUUCCACUGCAGACGGUGCAGAGUCAAUAAUAACCCAAAAGAAAAAAAAAAAGAUUUAAAACACUUGAGGGAUAGAUUCCCAUGUUAUCUGUGAGGAUUAUUUUCUCUAGACUCUGCACCUCAUUUGGUUUGGGGGAGGAGGAGGAGAGGCAGCCACUUGAUGUGAACUGGCUUUCCAAGGAGCUACUUCAUUUGCAUAAUUUUUCUUGUCUAUGGUGACGCUCUGGUUCUGGGCAGUUCACUGGUGUCUGCAUGGUACUGGUGAAGGAUCACAUAGUCCAGCACUGCCUUGUCUGUGCUUUAAUAUUGCUAUGACGCCCUGACCACUGCUCUGUAGCAUGACGAUAAAUCCAAUCGUGGGGCCAGAUAAGUCUUAUCUCGCUGACCCGACUGCUCACGCCUGCUUUCGUAAUCUCGGUUUACCCAUCCACGUCGAGUAGGGAGAGGAAAAAAAAGAGCAGAGGAAAGGGGUUUCUCUCUGCUCUUCCUUUUUUGUUGUGGUUGCUAAUGCCUUGCUGUAUGGCAGGGCGCAGUCUGCUGCUGCUGCUGCUGCUGCUGCUGCCGCUCCAGCCAGCCAGCCCUGGCUGUAAAACUUUCUUCCUGUGGAUUACUGCUUUGAUCGAUUUCGUCGCUGAAUGAGAAAAUAUUGCUCGGUGCUCUGUGUUCGUCGUCAGAGGAAAAGGUUCACCCGAGGAGGCCAUUGGCGGAGAGGCGUCACGUGACCACGGGGUGCCAAUGUUAUUCUACAAGGGUGUCAAGACCCUGUCAGUUUCUGAAAUAAAUAUUGGGAAACGGCGAGAUGCAAAAGGCAACCUACUACGACAGCUCUGCAAUUUACAGUGGCUACCCAUAUCAAAGCGCAAAUGGCUUCAGUUAUGAUGCCAAUCAGGUCCAAUAUCCCCGGGCCUCUCAUGUGGAAAGUGAGUACCAUCGACCUGCCUGCUCCCUGCAGUCUCCCGACGGCACCGUGGCUCUGCAGAAGCCGGGGGAGAUGGCGGAGGGCUGCGACAGGACCACAGCCAUCCAGGCGACGCAGUCCCAGGUCCACCCUGAAAGCAAUCAAGCGCAGGUGCCGGUGUCAGGUCCGCCCCCUCCCUCACAGUCCCCCGGUGCUAUCAGCCAAAACGCGAGCAACGGGUCCAACCAGCCCAGUGCCAAGAGCGAUUCCCCGACCUCUAACGCCCGCGGCAAACAGAUCUUCCCCUGGAUGAAGGAGUCCCGUCAGAACACCAAGCAGAAACCCGCCAGUAGCUCCAGUUCAGUGGAGAGCUGUCCCGGAGACAAGAGUCCCCCAGGGUCAGCAGCGUCGAAGAGGGCCCGGACAGCUUACACCAGCGCGCAGCUAGUGGAGCUGGAGAAGGAGUUCCACUUCAACCGGUACCUCUGCAGACCCCGCAGGGUGGAGAUGGCCAACCUACUGAACCUCACAGAGAGACAGAUCAAGAUCUGGUUCCAGAACCGCAGGAUGAAGUACAAGAAGGAUCAGAAGGGCGUGGGGAUGAUGCCCUCCCCUGGUGGACAGUCCCCGCGGAGUCCCGUGGGCCCAGCCUCCAGUGGUGGCGGAGGAGGAGGAGGAGGAGGAGGAUACCUCAACUCUAUGCAUUCUCUUGUAAACAGUGUACCUUAUGAAUCCCAGUCGCCGACGUCUUACAAUAAACCUCAUCAAAACGCAUACGGCAUGGCCACGUCAUAUCCCCCGCCUUUGAACAGCUCCCUCAACAACUGCCCGCCCUCCCAGAAGAGGUAUCCCGGGACAGACUCGGCCACGCCCGAGUAUGACGCGCAUCCUCUCCAAGGCAAUGGCAACUAUGGGACGCACAUGCAGGGCAGCCCCGUGUAUGUCGGCGGAGGCUACAUGGAGUCUAUGCCUAACUCUGGGGCCUCCGUUUUCGGUCUGACCCACCUCCCGCACCCGCCGUCCGCUAAUAUGGACUACAACGGAGCAAUCACGAUGGGCAACAGUCAGCAUCACGGAGUGUGUGAUCCGACACCGACGUACACAGACCUUACGCCGCACUACUCUCAGGGAAGAAUCCAGGAAGCGCCCAAACUGACGCAUCUGUAGCGGUGGUGGCGCACCACCCCGGAUCACUCCGCCCAUUGUCUUCAGUACCCACCUACAGACACAUAGCUGCUUUGUUUCUGCGCCUCCUCGCAGCUUCCACCUUCUCCCUGCUUUUCUUUAUUUUUCUCCUCCUAGUUUGAUGUGUGAAGUAGCGUUUAGGAUGAAUAAUCACGACUUUGCUUGGAUUCGUCUCUGUUUGCUCGUGUCAUUGUCUCUCAAAAAGAACUCUAUCUGGUCUGUAGGACUGUAGAAUUGGAGGGAGGGGGGCAGCAUAUGCAUAGGCCUAUUUAAUCUUUUUUAUUUUUAAAAAUUUGUUUUAAAGCUUAAACUCCAAACAGGGUAUUAUGAACGUAUACUAUUCAUUUAAAUGUGAAUUUGUUCGUAUUUUUAUUUAUCCGCAGUUGAAGAAUUUUUUAUUCUUUUUUUUUUUUCUUAUUUUUUGCAUUCUGUUGCACUUGUGAAAGAAUCCUCGCAGAGCCCAAAGCUUGGAUUAUGAGGAAAUAACAUUUUCAAAAAAAAAAAAAAAAAAAAAAA